CCUAAUUUGGGAUUUGUUUAAAAGCGGGACUGCGCCCAAGGAGGACUUUUCCUUGCUGGGGAAAGGGAACCCUACUCCCUCUCUCUUGCAUUAUACACAUACGCACACACACACUCUGCUCCCCAAAAUGUCUGAUUCCACUGUCAACGCUCACUUGGAAGGGAUCAUAUCAGACUUUGAAGCGCUGAAACGGUCAUUUGAGGUGGAGGAGGCAGAUUCAUCCACACACCCCUCACCGUUGUCCCGUCGGACCACCAACCCCCUUCGCUCAUCCACCUCCUCCACAUCCAGCCAGCGGAGUUACGACCUGAGUUCCCGCAACUCUGACUACUCCUCUUCCAGAUCCUCCCCCUCUGAGUCUUCCAAUCUGCGUUCCCCCAAGACCGGCAUGAGGCGCAUUGAAUUAUCAGGGGGUCGCAACCCUGACACAGCCUCCUCCCGCCGCACAGAAAUCUCCAUUGAGGUCUCCUCCAAGCAGAUUGACAACUCACCCAGUGCCGGGAUUGCCCGCUUUGGCCUUAAACGACCUGAGGUCAGCCUGAGUAGUCGGAGUACCCCACUGGACAGCUCCUCCAACUCCAUCCCCAGCUCCACAAGCAAGCUCAGCAUGACACGGUCCAGUGAGCCCCCUGCCCCUCCUCGGAGGAUGGAUGCUCAGCUGUCCUCAGCCCCGGUCUCUAGGAUCCCUGAGCCGUCUCAGAAAAAAGCAGAGCCCCCGUCCCCCAUCCUCAACCCAGUUGAGGUGGCCACCAGGAGGCCAGAGAUGCCUGUCUUCAGACAGCUGGACAGUUUGGCGUCGGGCACUACAGUGGAGAACAACAACCACCCACCUCCUGUGCCUAGUGCCCCCCUGCCGUCCCUGGCAGACACCAGGGUGGAAAGGGUGCAGUCACCUGUCACAGAGCCUCCCAUGGUCCAACCAGCAGCGAGGCCAGAGGUGAUUCCCAGCUACUCCAGCAGUGCCAUGACUGAGGCGGUGGUGCUUGAUGCAAUGAUGUCCCCAGCAGUGGGUGGCCUGUACGGGGAGAAGGCUGGUGCCCCUGUGGUGGACUUCAGUUAUGUGGGCAUUGACGCCAUUCUGGAGCAGAUGAGGAGAAAGGCCAUGAAGCAGGGUUUCGAGCUUAACAUUAUGGUUGUGGGACAAAGUGGCCUGGGAAAGUCCACUUUGAUGAACACACUGUUCAAGUCUAAAGUCAGCCGUAAGUCAGUGUUGGCCACAGCCCAGGAGAAGAUCCCUAAAACAAUUGAAAUCAAGUCCAUCAGUCAUGACAUCGAGGAGAAGGGAGUGAGAAUGAAGCUGACAGUUAUUGACACACCAGGUUUUGGAGACCAGAUCAACAACGAGAACUGCUGGCAGCCAAUUAUGAAAUUCAUUAACGACCAGUAUGAGGCGUACCUGCAGGAGGAGAUCAACAUCAACAGGAAGAAAAGGAUCCCAGACUCCAGAGUCCAUUGCUGCAUAUACUUCAUCCCCCCAACUGGUCACUGUCUGCGGCCUCUUGAUGUAGAGUUCAUGAGACGUCUCAGUAAGGUGGUCAACAUUGUCCCAGUCAUUGCCAAGGCAGAUACACUCACCUUAGAGGAGAGGGACUUCUUCAAAAAGAAGAUCAGGGAAGAGCUUCGAGCUAAUGGGAUUGACGUAUACCCUCAGAAGGAAUUUGAUGAGGAUGCGGAGGACAGAAUGAUCAACGAAAAGAUCAGGGAGAUGAUCCCAUUUGCUGUGGUGGGCAGUGAUCAGGAGUACCAGGUCAAUGGUAGGAGGCUGCUGGGGAGGAAGACCAAGUGGGGAACCAUUGAAGUUGAGAACAUAGCCCACUGUGAGUUUGCCUAUUUACGGGAUCUCCUCAUCAGGACCCAUAUGCAGAAUAUUAAGGACAUCACCAGCAGCAUCCACUAUGAAAUGUAUCGUGUGAGGCGCCUUAAUGAGAAUAACACGGUGGUGGCUCAUGCCAACGGUAUCCCAGAACAUCAUCUUGCCGCCCACGAGAUGUAGACACCACCUGCUCCUCCGCAGUUAACCUCAACUCAGUGUAUUUGUCAUUUGCUAUGAGACUUUGACCUUCAUUGACAGCCUUCCCACCACUCCAGUCCCUGACUCCAUCCCUCAUCUCACAGGUGGGAUAGAAACUUAAGAACUUGCCAGAGGGACUGUAUUCAAUGACUCAGCAGCUGAAUAGACUGUUCAUGUCAGUUUAUGGCCUCAUUAACAAACACUAUCCUCUCACUAUCGUGGACAAAGAGAAGUUUGGAGAGAAGUUUGAUUCUUCGUAAUGUGCUGCAGCUUGAUCUUAUCUGCUUCCUGAUCAUAAAUUUAACCUUUGUGGGUUUUACUUGUGGUGCCAAAAGUUCAGCAUCUGCCAAACAUAAUGAACUGACACUCAAUAUGUGUCAGGCUAAGAAAUGCCUUAAUCAGUAACAUUUUAAUCUUGUCCACUUUUACAUUUUUUCAAGUUGAUGUUUUUUCCGCAGCGCUUAUAAGAACCUGUGCUGUAACAGAAGCACACUUUUCUUUGGCACACACCUGUAUCAACAUGUGUGGAUUGCACUUGAUCACUACAUAGUUGCAUACAUUGACAAAGCAUGUUGGAAAGGGGGCUGGACAGCACUUUGCCAACAUGUGACAUAUACAGUCGGACAAGUCUUUGCGUUUGUCUGUGUGAUGCAGUGUCAUUCAGCACUCUCCCCUGUGGGUAAACAAGAAAAGGAUAUCAAAAUAGCACAUGCAGUAUGUCUGAGUUUAUAUGAUUUGUCACAAACUGUGUUCUGCUUUAACUGUUCGUCCUAUGUUCAUGUCAUGUUAAGUAUGGAUGUCAGGUCCUUGAUGUCUUUUUAAUUCCCAGUAAUAAAUGUCAGUGUUUAUUAAUAGAAAUAUCUUCAAGUGAUUUAAGAUGAAUGAGUAUUUAUGCACGAUAUAAAAUGUGAACGUUUGUCAUCAGUUGUGGUCCACUUAUUCAGAUUAUUCACACACAUAAACACACAUACACAUAUAUAUACACAUAUAUAUAUAUACAAACACUCACACAUGCAUUUGAGCCCAUCGUAGUGCCUUAUUUAUAGGAGAAUGUUUGAUAGCGUGUUGGCUGAAACUGGAAAGAGAGCAGGUUUGCUGGUGCCGAAUUACCUACAUUUAGACAUUUUUCAAUCCUUUUCCCUUUUUUAUCUGGUUAAUAAAACAAAUCUUACACUGACCAGCCCAUUUUUUCUUCUAUCUUUCAUAAUAUACCAAGGAUCUUUGUCUGUUUGAACCAUAUAUAAUUCCCUCAGCUGUCACUCUCAUGCUCUGUCCUGUA